UAUUUAUUAGGGUUUAGGGUCACAAAACAAAUAUAAAUUUUGACGUUAUUAAAAGGAAAAUUAAUCCACAAGACAGACGUGACUCCCACUACCUAACAGCUCUCUACCUAUCCUAUGUAAUAUAUAUUUAAUCAAAAUCCUUUCUCCUAAUAUCAUAUCAUAUCAUAACACAUUGUGAGGCUUAUAUCUCUCUAAAGUUCCUUUCACUACUCGCUGUCUUUCCUUCAACCAACACCCAUCAAAUUAUACACACUAUUUCUCUCUCUCCGAACCACCUUUGACUUCUACCCUCCCUCUAGAAGUUGCCGCCUGCAGUUUCUUUGUUGAACCCCAAUUGGGUUCCAUUUCAAAUCCCCUUUCUCUCUCUCUACUGCAUAGAAUUGGGCGGUAAGCACGAAGGUUUGUGAGGAAUUAUUUGCUCCUCAUUGAAUUGUAGAAGAGGGUGGUCAAAGUCAGAGAAAAGGGAAGAAAUUAUUGCCACCAUAAAGCUUUUGGGAAUUAAUAAGCUAUAUGGAGAACAAUAUUAUGAGUGGAAUGAUCAGCUCAUAUGAACUUGAACAGUACCAGAGAUUUUCUUCUUCAAAGUAAUGGAAGGGGAGAGCCAUAAGUCCAAAUCCAGUAGGUUCCGCAAGUACUGGUUCACUGCUGGAAAGCAUAAGAGACCUGACCCAUGUUGCCCCAGCAAUGAAAUUUCUGAUGGAGAUGACUACGAAAGUGAAAACUUUCUGGAGAAGGUCCUUUCUCGGUCGGUGGAUAUGGCUCCGUACAAAUUAGCCAAUGAAUUAAGAAUCUUUGUGGGUACUUGGAAUGUCGCCGGAAGAUCGCCGAUCGGAAGCUUGGCCGUCGAUUUAGACGAUUGGCUCAAUCUCAAAGAUGCUGCAGAUUUAUACGUUCUUGGAUUUCAAGAGAUUGUACCGUUACAAACAAGGACAGUAGUCGGAGCGGAGGACACAACCAAAGCAACAAACUGGAACUUACUGAUCGGAAAAAUUCUAAACGACAAAUACGGAUGCCCAUGGCUAACGCCAAUGAUGACGAACACAGCCACCGGCGACGAGGAUUACAAAAGAAACAAAGACUCCAAAAGGCCGAGGAGUUUCGCAGGCGGCGAUCACACUCCGAUCAAAUUCCCGGGGAGAAUACCGGCGAACAGGGUCAUGGGCGGGAGCAGAUACGUGUUGUUGGCAAGCAAGAAGAUGGUGGGAGUGUUUAUAAGCGUAUGGAUAAAGAGAGAUUUGGUGAGGAAAUAUUACAUAUCCAAUGUGAAAGUUUGUUCAGUGGCCUGUGGAAUAAUGGGUUACUUGGGGAAUAAAGGGUCGGUUUCGGUGAGUAUGUCGAUUGAAGGGACAAGUUUUUGCUUUGUGGCUGCCCAUUUGGCUUCCGGGGAGAAAAAGGGGGACGAGCGGCGGAGGAACCGCCAGGUGUCUGAGAUAUUCCGGCGAACUUUUUUCGCCAGAACGCCUAAAGAUGAUUGCUAUCCAAAUCCACGUCCUCCACCUCUCACCAUCUUAGGACAUGAUCAAAUAUUUUGGUUUGGGGAUCUGAACUAUAGGCUGUAUUUAGAGGACAGUUUUGCGAGGCAAUUGAUAAAGGAACAAGAGUGGGAAGCAUUGCAAGAGUUUGAUCAGCUACGGAAAGAGCAAGAAGCUGGUGGGGUAUUUCAGGGAUGGAGAGAAGGGAACAUACAGUUUGCUCCUACCUACAAGUAUUCUUCAUCAAAUUGCAAUCGCUAUUCAGGUGGUCCUCUGAGAAGAACAGGAGAGAAGCAAAGAACUCCAGCAUGGUGUGACAGAAUUCUAUGGUAUGGAAAAGGAGUGAGGCAACUCUCCUAUUUCAGAAGUGAGAGUAAGUUUUCUGAUCACCGGCCAGUCUCUGCCCAAUUUUUAGCACAGAUUGAGCUGCUGGAAUCUACAAACCCAAGGGUUAUUGCCCUCAGCAAAUUUCUUCCCUCCAUACCGCCUCCCAAACAGAUGGUCAAGGGCGAAACUAAUGAAGAAGCAAAAUCUACCUUGGCAGCAUUGAUGGUAAAGGAUAGGGAAGAAUCGUCACCAUGGGUGCGAAAUUCAUAUAGAACAAACAUAUAGAACAAUUACAAGGGAAAGAAAGAUACUGGGAGCUCAGCUCUUAUGACCAAGCUGGGUAUGUAGGGAGAUGAAGAAGUAACUUGAAUUAUCUUGGUCUCCUUCAAGUUCACUUCAAUUUUUUUAAAAGAAAAAUUCUACACCGUCUAUCUGGGUUUAAUUGAAUUUGUGAAUAUAUGUAGACAAAAUAGACAACAAAAGAAAGUUACGCAAAAUGUUUUGACAUACUUAGAAAUUAGAAUGGUGAGCAUCCUACUAUAUUUGCUCUGAAAUUUACCUGCUGAUUUUGCAUAUCUAAAAUUCUACGGUACGGAACAUUUUAUGUUUCUUGGAAAAUUUCAAUGGGCCUCAUUUACCUGAGGAAUGUUGUCCAAGGCCUCCGUAUUGUCUUGGAAACAUUGAGGGCAGAUACAACUUUUCAGCAAUUCCUCGCUGAGACGACCAUAUGACACUUCCAGUCCAGAAGUCUGCUUAUUGAUGGUCAAAGAAACAUAAUCACCCGGAAGUGUCCAAAGUUGGUAAAAGAUUAUUAACAGAUAUAAUAAGAUUUAAAUACAUUCUAUAUUUCUCAGCAAUUGACUUUGACUACAUAGCAUUGCUUUUGUUGAAUCAGAAAAAGGAAAUUUAAUGAUAUAAUGAUAAAGUACAAUAACAGCAAAUCUUUUGU